AUGACGACGGCGCAAGGCAGAACUUCCGCGCGCGUGGCUUCCGCCGCCGCCUCCUCCGCGUACCGCCAAGCUGCCGCGCAAAGCUUAACGUCCGCGGGCGCAGAGAUCGCGCAAGCGACUGCGCCUCCCCCUUCUUCGGACGGUGGGGGGCGGCCAGACGAGGGGGAUGGGGGGAGCACUCCUCCCGCGGGGAACGAGGCGCGGCUGACACCCGAGAAUGAGAUCAUUGGCGUGUGCCGAUCCGGAGACCCUUCCACCAUCACCAUCGCCCCGGAUUGGAACGGCCAGACGUGGCGAGGCUGGGGCACCUCGCUGGCAUGGUUUGCCAACUACGUGGGCAAGCUCCCAGACGAUCAGUUCAAUCUCGUGAUGGAUUUACUCUUUGACAAGGACAAGGGCAUCGGGCUCAACCUCGCCCGCUACCUCAUAGGCGGCAGUGUCAACUACAUCAACAGCCCCCAGUUCCUCACUGCCGCCUGGGAAACCUGCUCUAUCCCCGGCUUUCGCGUCCAGCCAAACGGCCCGUACGACUGGACGGCGGACGGGCGGCAGAGACGGACGAUGCUCGCCGCCCUCGCGCGCAGUGUGGACGAGGUUGAGGCGAUCUCGUAUUCGCCGCCCUGGUGGAUGACGGUCAGCGGGGACACCGCCGGGAGUGUACAGGGCAAGUCUAACUUAAAGCCCGAGUAUUUUCAGGCGUACACGGAGUACCAGGCUUCGGUGAUCGAGCACUACCGCACGCAUUGGAACGUGACUUUCUCGACCAUGAACCCGGCGAAUGAGGCGCUGGAGGGGUGGAAACGCAAGCUCCCGACGAGAGUCGCAGGGUUUGACAGUUUUCUUUUCGCGACUCGCCAGUAUACGUACAAGUUCCCUGCUGCGCUUAAGGCCGGUCUGUUCCGGUUCAACGUGCACGCGUACAUUCCGCCGCCGCCCAACACGACGGAUACGAGGCGGCAUAUUGAAGUGGGGAUGGUGAGCAUGCACCACAUGGCGACCGGGCUGGGGAAGGAGGUGUGGUUGUCGGAGGUGGGGCCGAUGUGGCACUGCAUUGCAGCCUUCUUCCAUCCCGACCAGCACUUCGUGUCGAUUUUCAUCGUCAACCAGCGCGACACAACCCACCCGGCGACGUUUCAAUUUGAUGAUUUCGUGCCGUUUGACGCGGGGCGGGCGUGUGUGGUGGAGACCUAUCGCACGUCAGCCACGGAGAACAACACGCUGGUGACAAGCCAGAGUUAUGCGGACGUGCCGGCGUCGAUACAAGUGGCUGCGCUGGGCAGCUCGAUGACUUCUGUGGUGCUGCGGAAUGUGGACCCUAGGUAG